UAAUGUGAUUACCAACGAAAACAGAUGUAUGUUUAGAUACGACUUUUGAUAACAAAUAUUUCCCGCGAAAAAUGGCGUAUCUCGUAUCACAAAUAUUAUAGUGAUGUCAAUUAUUAUUAAUAUUUUGUAAUUAAUAUUUAAUUGUAAGUAGCUUACAAGCUUACUAGUUGUACUUAAUUACUAAAGAGUCAAUGAAGAACCAAUUAGGUACAAUAGGAUAUUAAUAUGGACUUUAGCGAUUCAGACUGUGAUAGCAUACUCGAUACCUAUGUUUAUGGGAAUAUCAGUAGUGAUCCCGAUGAGCAUGAGGAUAAUGAGGUUAAUAAUAAUUGCAAUAUCCCAAUACCAGAUCAAGGUUUAUUUUGCAUUGAGGAUAGUGGUUCAGAUAUUAAUGAUAGCGACAAAGACCCAGAAUACACCCUUGAAUUAAACAAUUUAAAUGUACUCAAUAAUGAUAAUACUUUUGUAAAUGAUGACUAUGGAGUUGGUGAUAAUGAUAAUAUAAAUGAUGUAAAUUAUUCAAAAUCUUAUUAG